AUUUUAAACUCCCUUAUUCCUACGCCUUUUCCGUAUUCACGUAUCCCAGUUACGCCGAAUUCGGCUUUUAGAAGCUAAGGAGCUACGCUGGCGGCAGUAAAGAACCAUCACUGAGACCCUGGGAGCCCGGAACCGCCUGAGCUGGCUGAUUGUUCAUUCAUUGGCCGGGCUGGGCUGCUGUGCUGGCAGGGAUGGCCUGUGUGUAGGAGCCUGGGGGCAGGUUAUUGGGUAAAGUUAUCAGCCAGGGAUUAAUACACUGCACAGACUGGCUGAUCAAUAAUAUUAUUAAUUCAUAUUAUCAGCAGUGAGGGAAUGCUCACAGCCCUGGAUGGUAAACUUACUGCCAAUCUGUGAGUGCUGGGUGUGGGGGUUAUAGUGAGUGCAGGCAAUUCUGUGAGUGCUGGGUGUGGGAGUUAUAGUAUCAGCCAUUCUGUGAGUGCUGGGUGUGGGAGUUAUAGUAUCAGCCAUUCUGUGAGUGCUGGGCGUGGGGGUUAUAGUAUCAGCCAUUCUGUGAGUGCUGGGUGUGGGAGUUAUAGUAUCAGCCAUUCUGUGAGUGCUGGGUGUGGGAGUUAUAGUAUCAGCCAUUCUGUGAGUGCUGGGUGUGGGAGUUAUAGUAUCAGCCAUUCUGUGAGUGCUGGGUGUGGGGGUUAUAGUACCAGCCAUUCUGUGAGUGCUGGGUGUGGGAGUUAUAGUAUCAGCCAUUCUGUGAGUGCUGGGCGUGGGGGUUAUAGUAUCAGCCAUUCUGUGAGUGCUGGGCGUGGGAGUUAUAGUAUCAGCCAUUCUGUGAGUGCUGGGCGUGGGGGUUAUAGUAUCAGCCAUUCUGUGAGUGCUGGGUGUAGGGAGUUAUAGUAUCAAUGACCCAUUCUUGAGGUGCUGGGUGUGGGAACUAUAGUAUCCAAUAGAAUUUCUGGCCCGAGUGCUGGGUGUGGGGGUUAUGGUACCAGCCAUUCUGUGAGUGCUGGUGUGUGGGAGUUAUAGUACCAGCCAUUCUGUGAGUGCUGGGUGUGGGAGUUAUAGUAUCAGCCAUUCUGUGAGUGCUGGGUGUGGGAGUUAUAUUAUCAGUCAUUCUGUGAGUGCUGGGCGUGGGGGUUAUAGUACCAGUCAUUCUGUGAGUGCUGGGUGUGGGAGUUAUAGUAUCAGCCAUUCUGUGAGUGCUGGGCGUGGGGGUUAUUGUACCAGCCAUUCUGUGAGUGCUGGUGUGUGGGAGUUAUAGUAUCAGCCAUUCUGUGAGUGCUGGGUGUGGGAGUUAUAGUAUCAGCCAUUCUGUGAGUGCUGGGCGUGGGGGUUAUAGUACCAGCCAUUCUGUGAGUGCUGGUGUGUGGGAGUUAUAGUAUCAGCCAUUCUGUGAGUGCUGGUGUGUGGGAGUUAUAGUAUCAGCCAUUCUGUGAGUGCUGGUGUGUGGGAGUUAUAGUAUCAGCCAUUCUGUGAGUGCUGGUGUGUGGGAGUUAUAGUAUCAGCCAUUCUGUGAGUGCUGGGUGUGGGGGUUAUAGUACCAGCCAUUCUGUGAGUAUCAGUCAUUCUGUGAAUGCUAGGUGUGGGAGUUAUAAUUAUAUUGAUAUAAUCCCCCAAUACCAGGUGACUGGCACUGUAACAGGUUGGUACACAGUGGGGUAUUUAGCUCUCAUUAGUCUGGGUGUUACGUUAUCAUUGAUAUCAUCACCCAGUGUCAGGUUGGUACACAGUGGGGUAUUUAGCUCUCAUUAGUCUGGGUGUUACAUUAUCAUUGAUAUCAUCACCCAUAGCCCAGGUCACUGGCACUGUGUCAGGUUGGUACACAUUGGGGUACUGGGCUCUUACUGUAUGCAGUUGACUUGACCAGGCUGUAAUCCUGUCCCCUUGAUUUGGGGAUAAUGUGGGCGAAGGCUGUGAGUGUGUGUUUGUUGGCUUUUGCAUGUGGUUUGGUCCACCGCCUGUAUCCUGGCAUUACUGAGGACACUCUGAGCUACCUCUCGGACUCUGUAAAAAGCCUUCCCUGUUUGAAGUUUUCCUCCUCUCCAAGUUUUGAAGAAGGCCUCUCAUCUGCAUGGGACAGUCUCAUAGUGGAACCCAGAAAGCAAUGGGGGAAGGUGGCCAUAGGGUGAGUACAUUGUGAAUAAUGUGUACAAGUAAACCUGUGUUUAGAAUAAUUACAGGGUGAGUCAAACCUUGGGACUCAAUGGAAUACUUGUAAUACACUUGAAUUCUAAAUUGUAACAAGUCGCAAUUCAGAUCUUAAUCCUUACAAUUUGGUGUUUAUUGAAUAAACACUUUAAUGUCUGGUUUGUCCUACGAUCUUUUUGCAGUGGAUCAAUGGGUGUAUGUUAUCAAUCCCAGAUUGCAGCGCUGCAAUCAAUAAUAAAUGCGGCGGCCAGGCUCAUUUCCCUGUGCGCACACGCCUCCCCCCUCUGUCAGUCCCUACAUUGUCUUGCAGUUAGAUAUAGGGCUCCUCUCCUGCAACUGUCAAAAAUAAGUUCUCAGUGAAUACUUUUCUAGCAACCUGUUUCAUUACCCCUACUUAUACCCUUUGUGUCACUAUACCCCACUCCCUCUAGCAUGUAAGCUCAUUGAGCAGGGCCCUCAACCCCUCUGUUCCUGUGCGUCCAUUUGUCUGGUUACAACUACAUGUCUGUUAGUCCACCCAUUGUACAGCGCUACGGAAUUUGCUGGCGCUAUAUAAAUAACAAAAUAAUAAUCAAUGCUAUGCCCAUCUUGCAGGUAUUUUGAGGAUUUCUGACUUCGAGCCCACCGCCUCAGUGCUUUGCAAAAAAGUUAAUAUUCAGUUGUUGAAAUAAAUGUUUUGUGUAUAUAUAAAUAAUAUAUAUAUUUAUAUAAUAAAUUAAUUGGCUUUCUUGCUGGGCAACUCCUAAAAUCCCUUUGCUCUUUUUCCAUUCAGAUUUUCAAAGCAUCGUGGGUAUUGUAGUUCAAUAAUAUCUGGUGGGCUACAUUUGACCUAUUAUCACUGAGUUGCCCAUGAAAAGCAUAGUAAAAUAGCAUUUGGCAUUGGGGAGUGGGUGGCAAGAUUUGCUAUGACCUUACCAGCUAUUGUCGGUUUCUAUGCAAAGCUUUCAGCAAGGGCCAAGCAAAUCGUUUCUGCUCAUGGGUGUGAGUUCAGUUAAUAAAGAGUGUUGUUGGCAGAAGGUGGUACAUUAAAAAGAAAACGAUAACUAGAUAUAGUGAUAAAAAUAAAAUAUUUGUUUUCCUUUCUUCCCACCCCGACGCAUUCCCCUACUCCCUUCGAAAUACCAGAGCAUCAUCAUUGACUGCAUCAUCCCCACCGCACCCAUAGCGACAAGGGAAACCAUAAUUAGGAACGGUCAACAAACACGAGCUGGUACAUACGUCCAGACCAGCCCGGGACGUCACCCCAAAGCCAAAACAUGCGAACACCUGAGGUAACCCUGGACAGGCCCGGCAAUGACACGGCUAAUGCAGUAUCCACACACCCAAUGUAAGAGUACCCCCUAACCGCAAUACCACCAUACCCCUGGUUAAACACGGGAAACACCGAUAGUAAUAACGGGGGAAAACACAAGCCCACCACGGACGAUGCCACAUAGCUAAGGACACAGGGCCCUGUGAGAUGCCCGUUGACAGGGGCCAUAGGGGUAGCCUACAAACACUGACACCUAAUCAAGGACUGAUUAAUACGGUUCAAGGACGAUUACAAGGCAUAAUGUUCACCCAGUUCAUGAAAACGUUAUUUAACUUAUAUUCCCAAACAAAUGUAAAUACCAGAAAAUGGGGACCUGCGAGUCCUUCUGCGAUGGGGCCUGCGAGCCUAACUUGUUACCUUUUAUAAUAGCAUACAAUGGAGAUCUGCACGUCUCACCGAACAUUAAUAUAUGCAAAAUGAAUAAAAAUUAUAUUCACAAAAAAAAAAAAAUAUUUGUAUGGUUUUAACAGCCGUCCCUCGUGUUGCAACAUGUACGAUUUUAAUCGGACAGGUAUAUUCACUCAAAUAUCAGCAGGAAUCUGUAAUAACACUUUGGCUCUAUAUGCUUGUGCCCAGUUACAUUAAAAAAAAAUAGCUGGAAGUAAUACGUUGGAGAAUGUGUCCAUUUUGGCUAUUCAUCUGAAAAUAUGUAUACAUUCUCUGGUCAAAUUCUCCAAUAUUCCAAUUUUAAUGAAUAAUCCUGUCUGGUUGUCUGACACCAGAACCACUUGUGUGCUUCUGGUUCAGACUUGGAUUGUUGUGAACUUCUGCUGCAUCAACCGGAGUGUCAGUCAACUGGACGAGCAAGAACGAAUUAGCCAGAUGGACAUGGACUCCUCCACCUUCGUUAAGAGGGAAGUACAAGAACACACCUGUCCUGGCUGCUGCUUCUCCUGGCAACUAGGCAACCGUGACUGCUUGUUCCCCAGAGUCUAAUUGUGCUAACAGGUCCACAGACAAUAUUGAGAUACAUUGAUUUUUUAAUGCCACAUAAGAGAUGACUGGAUCACCCGUGCAGAUAUGUUCUGCAUGGCUUCCAUAAACCACAGUAGUAUUUAUUCAUUCAACGCCAAAUGGGAAAUUGAAUUUGGAAAUAUUCACCAACACUGCUAGAGUCACAACUCGGCUAUUUCGCCUUAAUUUUGCAUUUGGGAUUCAUUUCUAUUUAGUGUUUAAUGAAUAAGCUGCUAUGCCUACCUCCAGGCUACCUUCAAUGACAGAGAAGAUGAGAUUUGGGUUGACCAUUCUGCAAGAAUGGCUUCACUGAGUCUGACAUACUUGAUUUGGAUUAAAGGGAUUCUAUAGUGUUGGGAAUACAAAUCUGUACUUGUCCUCCCCUCCUUUGUGCUCCCUCCUCCUCCAACAGAUAAAUGGUUAAAACAACCUUUUAUUUACUCACCCGAAUCCAGCGCCGAUGUCCCUCGGGCACAUCAGGCCCUCCCCUUAGGAAAACAUUGCUUCAAUGCUUUCGUAUGGCAAGAAUGUCCUCAUGCAGAGUGUGAGGACCUUCCUCAUAGUUUAGAAUCCUGGAAGCGCCUCUAGUGGCUGUCUUAGUAUUGCAAUGCAAUUAUUGCAGUUUCUCAAAAACUGCAAUGUGUUCAAUUUCGGGACUAAGAGGGACAGGGAACACUGCACCCAGAUCGUCUCAAUGAGUGGCAGUCUUCUAGGUGCCUAUAGUGUUCCUUUAAGCCACUCAUCUAACCCCAUUCUAUCAUAUGAGCCCAGAAAUACCCAGCCAGCCAUAUAAACUGUAAUAAUGGAUACGUCGACAGGAAGAGCGUGAGUAUCAGGCUGCUCCAUUUACUGACUGCUGGCAGAGUUCACAUUUCCCAUUGAACUGUUAGCAGACGAACAUUUUCAGUUGAUAUGUUGUCACAACUACAAAUUUGUUCUAAGAACUGUUUUUCCUUUACGGUCUCCUUGCAGGGUGAACGCCUGUGUGGAUGUAGUACUUUCUGGGGUGAGUUUGUUGCAGGCGUUGGGUUUAAGCCCCCAGUCCGCAGGUGAUCAUGCAGUCCUGAACAAUCUGGAAGAACUUGCCAGCACCUUCAUGCACUAUAUGCAGCGAGGGGCGGCUGCCGAGCGGUUCUAUAGUGAUGCCGUCAGCUUCCAGCACAUUUCCAGCACUGCCUCCAAGAAUCCUGCGGCCCAGGUAGAACACGUUACCGUAACAUUGUGUGUCGCAUGUGACCUGUAUUACAAUCUGUAGGUUUUCUCCUUUUUAGACUUUCGUACAGGCCUUGUAUAAAGACGACUGAGUUACUGAAUCCUCUGGGCAUGUGCAACUUACUUUUGGCUCUACGUCUAUAGAGAAACUUCUAUGUUUCCAUUGCAGGGUUAAUCCAGCCGCUAGAGGCCGCUUCCGCGAUUUACACUGAAUAAAUCGCACUUAUUUGACACGAUUGACUCGAUGUCCUCACGGAGUCCAGUGUCAAAAAAGAUCCCCAUAGGAAAGCAUUGAGUAAUGCUUUCCUAUGGGCGGAUUUGAAUGCGCAUUCGGCUCCACUCGGAAGAUGACCUCGAGGGAGGAGAGGUCACGAGUACCGAGGGAGCCCGGCGCUGGAUUAAGGUAAGCAAAUAAAUGGGUAAUUAACCAUUUAUUCGCCGCGGAAUGGGGCCCUAGUCACUGUUUAGGUGACUAGGGUUCUAUAGCGUUAGGAAUACAUAUAGUUGUGUUGGUGACUAUAGUGUCUUUUUAAUGCUAUGGGAAACAUCUACAACUGCUGUUACUAGGUUUGCUGUUCUAGAAGUUUUGGCUUUUGUAAUGUCCUUUUCCAGAGCAGGGCUCGACAAAUCCCAGUCGCCAUGGCGCUUGGGAAUUUUGCCUUGGCACCUGGGAUAUGCGAGCCCCUUAAAUCCAAGGCGGAUGGCAAGCUGGGGGAUUUUGUAGGAAGGCGGGCGGCUAUCUGCGUGAAUAGUAGGAGGGCGUCCUUGCUCUGCUCCCCCGCAUGGCUGCUUAAUGAGACCAAGUCCUGAAUGUGACGUCAUGUUCCGGGACAGUUCUCAAUAAGCGACGCGCGGGGGAGCAGAGCAAGGACAUCACAGCUAACUCACCGCCUACCUCCAUGACCACCCAGCAAGCCGCCUUCCUACAAAAUCCCCCAGCUUGUCGCUUGCCUGUUUCAUCCUCCAGCAUGCCGCCCGCCUCCAUAAUUCUCCAGCAUGUUGCCCGUCUGCACAAUCCCCCAGUCUUUCGCCCACUGGACCCCACAAGUAUUAAAAGCAAUAAUGUGUGUGUGUCAUAGUGUCUCUCAUGGUAUGCGUGUCUGUUUGUCCUGGUUGUAUGUAUGCGUGUGUCAUGAUGUCUAUGUUUAGGUGACCAGGCCCCUUCUGUUCGCAAGGGAAAGGUGUUUUUAUUCGCCUUUUCUCUCACGCCCUGCUGGUCUCGCCUCUAUGGCUGAGAUUAUCAUGCUUGAUUAUCUCAGCCAAUCCGAUGUUUUCCCAUAAAAUUGGCUGCAAAAAAAUGGAAAUGCUGAAUGUAGGUACUGUACACUGUGCAGCACCAACACAGGAACCACCUCUAGUGACCGUCUGAGUGACGGUCACUAGAGGUGUCACUAGGAAGCAAUGUAAACACUGCCUUUUCUAUGAAAAGGCAGUGUUUACAUUGAAACAUCUACAGGGGCACCAGAAACACUACAUUAAGCUGUAGUGGUCCCAGUGACUAUCGUGUCCCUUUAAGAAUUGCAUUUUUGUCGUGGAAUAUAAAGCUUUGUAAGUUUAAAAAAAAAAAUGUCUCCUAACUUUUUUUUUUAGCUGGCUUCUAGAUUCAAAGCAAAUUUGUCACACCCUGUCCUAGAAGACCUGUUAAUUUAAUAAGUAAAUAGUAUGUUCCGGGUGCUGGCAUAUAGAUUCUUUUCUUUUCUGAUUCAUAGUGCAUGCCAUCUCCUUUUACAUGUCUGGCGAAGGGAACGUACUGGCUCCAGUGAUUGGAACUCAGACUAUGAUACAAAUAGAAAAUGCAAUUAACAGUUUCAUAAGUUAAAUUAGUUUUAUAUGAAAUUAUUUAGGUUGUGUACGUUUUGUUUGUCCAUUUCUUUCAUUAUAAUUAUUGACCUAGAGUCGGGUGAUCCAGUUACAUCAACUAUGGUCAUUUUCUUAGAAAAUAAAUGUCAGUACUUUUCCUUGGUCUAAGCAGGGAUUAAAUCAUUAACUCAACAUUUGAAGUUGCAUCAAACCUGGUGUACAAUGCAAAUGUCCCUGGGAGUUUCUGCAUGUGGCUUGGACCAUGUGCAUAGACUUGCAGAACAUGGUAAUGACAAUUUCCCCCAAAGAACACUGGAGGAAUAUGUUUUGUACACGACCGGGCCCCACAGCUGAAACUACUAAGUAUUUCAGCAGUGUCUUAUGAGUUGAGUAAAAGAGGAACUUUCACCAAAUGAAUUGCAACAGUUCUUCUUAAAUACAACACGGGCAUUGACUAAUUCUAUGUUAAACUCCAGAGCAGCCAGAACGUUCUUAACAAGUGUUUUGCCUUGAAGUAAGCGGGUUUUGGUGACAUGUCCGCAUUAUUAGAAAACCAGCUAUUUUAACGUAACUCUUCCAUACAUUUUCCUAACUUAUUUAUUUUAAAUUUUUUUUCCACUUACUACAGCACUUUGUAGGGGGUAAUGCAGCUCUCAUCGCUCAGAGAAUGGCAGCACACCCAGGCAUGGAGGUAAAUUUGACCUGUGUUUCUGCUUUCAGGCUGGUCUCUCUGUCUCCAUAUUUCAUCUAUUAAUUUAUUAAUAACACAAAUACCUUUCUACAAAAUUAACUCCAGGUUCUUCUUUGUGGUCCAUUUGGCCCCAAACUUCAUGAACUGCUGGAUGAGCGAGUGUUGGUGCCCUCCGCAUCCUUGCAGGAACAGGACGAGUUUCAUUUGAUAUUGGAGUACAAAGCAGGUAAAAUCCAUGUAUUCUACGAGUGUCUGUGUGUACGAGGCUGCUGCACGUCAUCGUUGGGUGGUACCUUGAGAAUGCUACAGAGUGAUGUAAGCAGAGAGAGUUGCUUUUGUAGUUUCAUAGUUUAUUACGUAUCAGUGUAUUAAGCUGUCUGUUUCCAUUUAUAGGAGAAAACUGGGGAUCUAGCCGUGCUCCAACCGCCAACAGGUUUAUCUUCUCUCAUGACCUGUCCAAUGGAGCAAUGACAUCACUAGAAGUCCUUCUAGCCAGCCUGGAAGAGUUCCAGCCAAACUUACUGGUCUUGUCUGGGCUCCAUAUGAUGGAAGGUCUAAGCCGUGAGAACAGGGAAGCCAGGUUAAAAGAAGUGAGUUAAGAAGAGCACAGUACACCAUCGCAUCUUCAGCUUGACUUUAUGAUAUAUAAAAUUUGUCUCCCUAGGACUGUUCAGUUUCUGUAAAAUUAAAAGGUUACUCAUAACCUUAUUACUAGAAAAAAAACAAAAAAAAACCGAAUGAUGCCCUAUUGGGCAUUAUUUUUUUAGCCCCCACCCAAACACUACAAAUAAUUUGUAGUGUUUGGGAUUGCAAGUAAAAACCAAAAGUUCUAAAUUCUGGACAGACUUCUAGGGUCCAUUGAAAAGUCAGAACAUGUUGCCCUGUGCAAGCAAUAACAUGCAAUUGUCAUAAUAAAGGGACAGCAUUAUAAUGUAGUGGUUUUGGUGCUUGGUUUUGGGGACACACACACACCACCACCCCACCCCGUCAUACUGUUAUUAAACGGUUUGACUACUUACUCUGGGAGGGGGUCCUGGCACCAUAACCACUACACAGAGCUGUAGUGGUUAUUGUGUCUGGAUUAUUUAUUUAAAUAAUCUACACGUGCCCCUCCCGAGUUCAGGCUCUGGAUCCGCCACUGACUGUCAAUCAAUUAAAACAGUAGUCUUGUACUAGUAUCCGAAGUACUAUUUAUAAUUGACUGCCUUGUGGACAAAAUAAUCCUUUAUUUUAUUUGUACAUUUGAAUGUAUUGUUUAUUUGUAAUUUCUGUCCUCCUAGGCUGCAUCAUCUAUUUCAGAUAUUCCUUCUGAUAUCAUCAUUCACCUGGAAUUGGCCAGUAUGACUGAUGGUGACCUGAUGAGAGGCAUUAUCUACCAGGUAACAAGCCGAGAGACGUACUGUGAGAGAUUUGAUGGGAUCAUUUCAGGAGCUCACGUGUAGUAUUUGGCCAGCCUCUCAAUAGGGGAAGAGCUUAAUUGUUCUUGAUAAAUACACUUCCCAUCCUUUUACCUUUUGCACUUUCAGUUGACACCGUAAUUUUAUAGUAUGCAGCUUAGGUUAGAAUUUAUUUUUAUUUCUGUUGUUCUCGUUGUUUGCUAGAUGGGUGGGCUUUUUCCCCAAGACCUAACUCGGUGAGUGAUCACCAGGAGGUUAGCCAUCACAAAUUAUAGGCUGGAGACAGAACAGGUGGAACUACUUGGUUGAAAAACUAAUCCUUUGGUCCAGGAGGACUUAUUUUGAUUACUUUAGAGCUACUGAUACCCACAAAUGAUCAGUGUAUUGGUGUCACUAUUGCAUCCAUGGAGGUAAUCCUCCUAUUUUAAUUUUAUACCUUAUAUAUAUAUAUAUAUUUUAUCUUUAUUUUUGACCAGAUCCAAAGUAGAUCUAAUUAACAUUAUGACGUUAUUCUUAUUUUUCACUAUGAGAAUAGAGGCAGGUCCUCCUUUUUUUUAUUUUUUAUUGAUUUUUAUAUCGUCUCCAUUCUUCUCUUGGUCAGCAGGUCUUCCCUCUGAUCAGUUCUGUGGGACUCAACGAACAGGAACUUCUGUUUCUCAGCCAGUCUGCUGCCGGCCCUCAUUCUUCCUUGCAAGCGUGGUCCGGAAUCCCAGAUGUUGGAAUGGUCAGUGACAUUAUAUUCUGGAUCCUUCAAGGGUAUCACCAAGGAGCCUCCACCCUGACACGAGUUCACUUUCACACUUUGGCUUACCACAUUCUGGCCACCAUUGAUGGGUUCUGGGCCAAUCAAGUAUCUGCAGUAGCUGCUGGUGCCAGAGUUGCUGGUGCCCAGGCUUGUGCAAGUAAAACCAUUGAUCCAGCUAGAGUGAUGUUGAAGAGCCCGCUUGAGUUUUCCUCCUCUCGAGCUGAAGAGGGCAGCACUAUUAAGGUGACUGCAAAGGAACCCGUAGCCACAUGGAAAAGAGGAGACAUCACCUUUUACUUCACACCUGUUCUUAUCUGCAAGCAGCCUGUUAGGACAGUGGGUCUAGGUGAUGCUAUAUCUGCAGAGGGACUCUUGUUCUCAGAGGCAUUGUCAAUGUGAGGUUUCUCUCCAGUGCUUAUAUAGGCAUAGCUGCAGUUGUCCUUAUGAGUCUGGGUCAAAUAGGUAUUCGAGAGCAACUCCAAGCAACCGUUGCAUCAUAUUUUAAAAUCCUUGUGUUGUGAAUUAAGGUUGAAUUCUAGACUUUUGUGCAGGUGUCUCAAUUUAAAUGCCUCUACAACAGUGCGUUUUGGAAGGGCGAUCCCAUGUUACUACUUAAUGGCCGUUUACUUUCCGGGUUUUCAAGUUUUUUUGUUUUUUUUUUAUUAUAAAUAACAUGUUACCAACUAACUCUGCCUCUAACUAAAAAUUAUCUUAUCACCCUAAAUCCUUGUGGAGCUUGCUGAACUUGACCUAGGAGUAAUAUAUCGCAACUGCACCUGUGCAACACAACAUCCCCCUUUCUGUUUCUACAGAAUUUUAGGGAAGCCAAUGCAUCCAAUAGAGUUUUGCAUCCUUGACUUAUUCACUGCCAGAGAUGAACAGUGCUUUACCAUAUAAAGCUUGGCUUACCUAUUUGAUACUAAAGACGUUAACAAUGUAAUGACGCAUUUAGAAGUUGUGAAGGAAAUAGCGUUUUUUUUAAUGAGUUGUUCUUUUUAUAGCCUCGCGUUUCUAUGUUGUAUUUCAGUUAUAAGUUACAGCAGAAUUGUGAUUUUUGCUUGACAUCUCUCCAGCAAGAAAUUGGGGUUAGCAGUCUGUGUCCCACCUCCUAUUGUUUAUGAAUAUUUUACCUCUGGUGGGUACCGGACUGCGCUCCUGUAUGGGGUCAGCACUGAAAUCAUUCCAUAAUCAAUUUCUUGAGCAGUAAAGAUGUCUCUUAAAUAGUUUUUCAUCAAGGGAAUAAUUACAUAUAAAAUAUUAAAUGAUCCGUUCUCCUUAAUAUGGACUAUAUUUAAAAUGGCAAACUAUGAGACCUGCCUGAUUUACUUUUUACUGCAGCACAAAGCAUUGCGUUUCGAUAGGUUGUCAGUAAUUUGUUUGGCAGCCAAUCAGAAUAAAGCUGGUGUUAAAAUCAUGUAACUAACGGCAGCUUUUGCUAUGCGGUGAAGUGCAGAGAUAAUGUUACAUUAAAAGUAAAAAUAGGCAUGUUUCUACAUACUUUUGAUUACUUUCAGAUAAACUGGACUUAAUGUGAUGCUGUUCUUUUCAAAUGCUACUAAGCUUUAAAAAUAGUAUUUUGUCUUCUUAUUGAAUCAGCAGCUAUUUUUGCAAUGCUUCUCAGGUCAUGGAACAUGAAAUUCAAUUUCUCAAAGCCCAUGCUGUGUUCACCCAACCCUCCAGUCCUUUAUACUUCAAUAUGAGGUUAUACCAGGUCAUUGCUGUUACAAUGAUUUUUAUAGCGCCAACUUAUUCCACAGGGCGGUACAGUAGAUAAACAAAUACAAAAUUAUUAAUUCCAACAAAACACGUUUGGACAUAUGAGAAAAGUGAGUGAAGAAUAUUGCUCCCUAGCUGAGACAUUUUGGAGUUAUUUACUGAAACUGAAUCGUGAAGAAUUGACAAGGCAUUUGCAAGUUUUAAAUCGUGCAGAGGAUUUUUCAAGUUUGGUUAUUGGCACCUAAAAUUGAAAUUUCCUUGUCAAUUCUUCACCGUUCCCAAUUUAGUGAAUUCGGUUUAUUUGUUUUGUUUUCAUUGGGAUUUCUCUAAUAAGUGAGUCUUUUCAGCCAGUGUCUGAAGGAAUGAGAUCUGAUACUCCAAGAUUAUUUUGAUUCCCAUAUACAUUAAAAAUGUCUGAUGCACUUUUUUUUUUUUUUUUAUAAACGUAAUGUUAUUUUUAAAGUUUAGUUACUCUUUCAGUACGCCUGUGAAUUAUUAACUUGUCUUCCCCUGAUUGCCUGUUACACACUUCCUACUGUUAAUAUUCCGAUUCCAACCUCUCAGACAUACAUUCCUGGCAUUUACUCUCUUUUUAUAAAUCACAAACUUUUACCUUUUUUGUUUUUGUGAGACAUUUAUUUAAAAAAAAUAAUAAAUAUAUAUAUAUUGUGGAGGACCAAAAAAAAGUUUGCUUAAAAAAUAUCCUUACCUAUUAUUUUAGUAUUUUAUUUUAUGGGGGUAGAAUUAUAGAGAGAAUUCUUUUUUUAAUCUUUGCACUUCUUUCAAGAAUAAUUAGGUCAUUUAUUUACUCAAAAUUUGUUGUUAUAUGCAGUACUUUUACCAAAAAUCUUUUGGUGAACUAUUUAUAUUUAUUAUUAGAAGUGCUACGUGAUAAAUCCUAUGUAUAGCAAGUGGGUAAAAUUGUCAUUUCUAGAGCCGUGCCCACAAUUGUUUACUGUAGUGGUUAUGGUUCUAAGAGAUGUGGGUGCUGCCAUUUAGAAUUUUGUCUAUGUUUCAAUGGUUAGACCAAAUCCUGCUGAGUCCCCAGCAGUCUCAUUCUGGGGUGAUCUAACUUUCUCAUUAAUUGUAAAAACCAGAGGCCAAAUUGCACUAUACCUCAUUGCUCCGAGGAAGUUGGAUUUCACACAGUAAGUAGGUGGAAUUCUUUUUUUUUUCUAAGCCAGACGAAAAUGGCUUGACAAUAGCCAGACUGCACAAAGACCGUACCAUAAGCUAAAGCGUUAUGAUGUUUGGAGUGUCCUUUUUUUUUAAACGCAGCAAUUUCAGAUGGUUAAAUGCUUCCCAUAAAGCAGUCAUUUCUGUUUUUUAGUCCCUCUUUUAUCACUUAAUAUAGACAAAGUGUUCGCUAGCCGAGCACUCCUAACUUCUUCCUUCUAGCAAAUGACCUUUCUAGAUGAUAACUCCCUCUUCUUGACCUCUUACUCUGUCUGUUUAAUCACUGGAAAACGUUGUGUUUUUGUAAUAUAUUUGUGAACAAUGCUUUGUAACUUCCUAGUUUUUUUUUUGUUAAUAAAUUUAUUUUAUUUUUCUUCUUA